AUGGGUAUACAGAACGGCAAAGCUUCCUCCGAAGUUGUUGACGAUAAAAGUGUGUUCGACGAUGAAGUUUCGGAAGUGGGAUCGAUUUCCUCCCUCGAGGGUACAAUGGAAUAUGUCAGGGCAGACGAGCAAAAGAACCAGGCGGAUGCAUUGCUGAAGCGUGCUGCCAAGGAUACACGCCGUGUACGCAACUGGCGGUUGAUUGUAACUUUUGCCAUCUUGGUUACUGCUGCGGCUGUCACUGCAGUGACUUUCACUUCGCUGAGGAAAGAGGAGGAGUACAACUUUGAAACCGCGUUUGAGCAGUUCUCUCUGACUGUGGCUGAUUCUGCGAUCCAAAGUCGAAAGGACCUACGUCAUGCGUAUCAGCAGCUUGCCAAUACAAUCUCGGCUGCGGCUGAAGCCUCCGGUGCUGCCUGGCCUUUCUUCACCAUGCCAUUGUAUCAGAAGUAUGCUCAGGAUUUCCUCGUGCAGUCUCGUACCGAGCUAAUUUCCUUUCGGAAUCUUGUUCGAGGUUUCGAAAGGGAGGCGUUUGAAAAGUUUGCAGAGGCGAACUACAAGCAAGUCAUCGAGGAAGCUCACAUGAUCAGAUGGGGCGACACUUCGAGGAUCAAUCCUGAAAAGGCCAACUACACGAGCUACAUUUGGGAGCGAACCACGGAAGGACCAGCCCGUGACAUUUUUCGCGACUACUACUUUCCAACUCUGGUGACUGCCCCUCCUCCCCGUGACUAUUCGAUCUACAUGUGGAACGUUGGCUCUCAUCCGAACUACCAACCAGUUGUCGACGCCGCUUGGAAACUCGGAAAUGAGACCUGUAUCACGAGACUCCUGCACUACACUGGAGCUUCGAACACGUUCUUCACAAAGGACGAGCACGAUGCCAUGCAUGACCCCCUUCCGCCCGGAGAGAAAGAGCACCCGCAUUCUUUUUUCUUCCACCCAAUCAAGGAGAGUGUCACUGACCCCAAUUCCCGGUUGGUGGGUAUGAUGAGUGGAGGGGCCCCAUGGGACCAAAGCCUUCGUGGUUUGCUCCCAGAUGGUGUGAAUGGCAUUCAUGCUGUCAUUGAAAACAACUGUGGUGAUAUCUUUACCUAUGAGAUCAAUGGGAAAAAGGCUGAUUUCCUAGGUCUUUCUGACAAACACGAAGCCAAGUUCGACCGUUUGAAGCAUGAAGUGGACUUGGCAUUUCAUUCUCAUCCUGACUUUGCAACGACGCCAGGGCAUUGCAUGUACAAGAUGACGGUUUACCCUACAGAAAAGUUCAGAGCUGAAUACAACACAAGCACUCCAAUAAUUCAGUCUAUCAUCGUUGCAGCAACCUUUGUUGUCAUUGCUUUGGCUUUCUUCAUCUAUGAUGUUGCUGUGGCCCAUCGUAACAGAAAGCUCAUUGUGGAUGCCAGCCGGGCCAACGCAAUUGUAUCUCAGCUCUUUCCUGGGGACAUCGCCGACAAAAUGAUGCACCCAUCGACGAGGGAAAGCCUCAAAAAGGUUGGCUCUGAUUCGUCAGAAUCGUCUCCCAGGGAUAGAUCCAGUAAAGCCCUUGCGGAGCUCUACCUUGAAACCAGUAUCAUGUUUGCCGACAUCAGCGGUUUCACUGCUUGGUCGAGUGUUCGUUCCCCAGACCAAGUAUUUGAGUUGCUCGAGACCGUGUACCGCCACUUUGAUGAAAUUGCGAAGAACCGCGGUGUGUUCAAGGUCGAAACGGUUGGCGAUUGUUACGUGGCCGCCACAGGAAUCCCCACGCCUAGAAGAGACCACGCCCUGGUCAUGGCUCGUUUUGCUCGAGAGAUCAUGGCGAGGAUGCACCUACUUUGCAAAAAGCUCGAAGAGUCGCUUGGACCCGACACUGGUGAUCUCAAUCUUCGGAUUGGAAUCCAUUCUGGCCCAGUCACUGCUGGUGUGUUGCGUGGGGAUCGGGCAAGAUUUCAGUUGUUUGGGGAUAGUAUGAAUGUUACCUCUCGAAUGGAAAGCAGUUGCAGCCCAGGCAAGAUCCUGGUCUCCAAGGAGUUUUCAAGUUUGCUUCAGGCUGCAGGAAAGUCUUCUUGGUUGGCGGAGAGAAAGGAUUCAAUCAAUGCAAAGGGCAAAGGUGAACUGACGGCAUUCUGGCUCAUUGGCGCGAGCUCUGGAGAUAGGCGAUCUGCUGCAAGUGCCGCUUCUUUUGGUUCAGUCAAUGAAUUGGGGGCCUGUGGCGACCGCAAAGACCGCCUGGUCGAUUGGUGCUGCCAGACGUUUGAGCAGCUGCUGAAGCAAAUCGUCGCCCGAAGAAAUGCUUUGAAACCGUCGGCCAGGUCUUCGUGGUCAUCUUCUCUGACCGUGGUGAAAACACCGGUUUCACCGCCAAUGUCUGGAGGAAACUUUUUCUCUGAAGUGAGGGAAAUCAUCACGCUUCCGGAAUACGAUGCCGAAGCGGAGACGAAAGAGUGCGAUCCUGACUCGGUUGUCUUGGACGAGCAGGUCGCCAAGGAGCUCCGUCUAUACGUCUCCAAGAUCGCCGACCUCUAUAGGCCAAACCACUUUCAUGGUUUCGAACAUGCUGCACACGUCCUUAUGAGCAUUGUGAAGCUAAUGCAGCGCAUCGUCACACCAAAGAAGGGCGACGAAAGCGAAGAUCACUCCUCUUACGGUAUCACAAAUGAUCCGCUCACCUGGUUUGCGUGUGCUUUUAGUGGCCUUAUUCAUGAUGUUGACCACGUGGGUGUCUCCAAUGCCCAGCUGAUCAAGGAAAACGUCCCCAUUGCCCAGAAAUACAAGAAGAGCGUGGCCGAGCAAAAUAGUCUGGCAUUGUCCUUCAGUCUCUUGGAAGAGCAGCAAUUUGAUCACUUCCGUGCAGCGAUUUGCUCCACUCCCGAAGAGCAAGCUCGGUUCCGGGCAUUGGUUGUAAAUGGUGUCAUGGCUACCGAUAUAGUCGAUAAGGAACUCAAAGGACUAAGAAAUGCCCGCUGGGCUCGUGCCUUCAAGAAUGAUGAGGGACCUGAGGAAGAGUCCUACAGGGAAACACAGAGAGAAGAAAUCAACCGAAAGGCAACAAUUGUGAUUGAGCAUCUCAUUCAGGCCAGUGAUGUGUCCCACAUGAUGCAGCAUUGGCACGUUUACAGAAAAUGGAAUGCUCUCUUUUUCAAGGAAUGCUACCAGGCCUACAAAUCAGGAAGAUCCGCUGCUGACCCUUCGACCUUCUGGUACAAGGGUGAGAUUGGUUUCUUUGACUUCUAUAUCAUACCACUCGCCAAGAAACUGAAAGAAUGCGGUGUAUUUGGUGUUUCCAGUGGCGAGUACCUGCAAUAUGCGCAAAAGAACCGCGACGAAUGGGUUGCACGCGGCGAAGAGGAAGUGGCAGAGAUGCUUCGCCUUGUUGGCCAAGAGGCCCAGGACGAUACCACUGGAGAAAAGGGUGGUACCCCCAAUGCAAUAUAA